AUGGAUGGCAGAGAUUUUGGAGCUCCCCGAUCCGUCCACGUUCCUCCCCCGUUGUUGUCGGGGCUCGCCGUGGAGCCUCACCGACUCGGGGCUGCAGGAGCAGCCGGGAGGAUAGCUUCUUCACCCGGCCACUUGGCAGCGAGUCACCCGCCACCUCUCCACUCCGGCAAAUUCUUACCAUCGGCCAUUAACCUGCACGCGCACCACAGUGAUGCCUUUCCAACAGGAGCCAAUCCCUUCCUGGCGGGUUAUCCAUGCCCCUCCCCCUUGACCUCUGACCCUGCAUACAGAUCAGCCAAUCCCAGUGGCUUGCCGAUGGCUCAGCUCUGGGCAUCACACGCUCACGAAGCCUACCCUCUUCCUGGCAGCCUAUACUCAAGCCCCUACCUAUCUCUGGGGCACUUGGACGCACCAUCAAUCUCCCAGAGUCACCUAUAUGAAUCACAUAAAGAGAGCUUUUUUCUGCCAGCUGCUAUCAGCCAGUCGCCCCUCCACCCCCCAUCGGCUCCUCAAAGCACACUGCCCAGCUUGACACCGCCCCAAAAGGCGUCCCGAGACGGAGGCAGAGAAAGGUCCUGUCGGGGAGAACGUGAAAGAGACCGAGAGCGAUCACGAGAGGAGCUGCGACCUCACAAUGUGGUGGAUCUCACGCUGGAUGGGAGGAGCGAGGAAGACCGUCGGGGACGCCUUGGGGAUAAGGAGCGAGAGAAAGAGAGGGAAAGGGACACACAGAGAGAUGGUUGGUCUUUACAUCCUCACCACCAUCAACAGAAAUCAAACCCGCAGCCCUCCACUGCGGAGUCAAGGUCAAGGCCAUCACCUGCGCUUCCCUCAAUGUCUCCAAGCAGGGGUGGAGGGAUCACCCGGCUUCAUGGACACGAAACGGACCGGGGAAGUCGGGAGGGGGAGGGCGUCUCAAGAGCCCACCAUCACUCUAACCGUUACUCGAAUAACUCAAACUUCCUGACAGCCUCUGUCUCAGAACGCCAAAGGAGGAAUGACUCAACACUAGCAGGGACACUCCAGUUCUCCUAUGCCCUUCCUCCUUCCCUGCAAUCCUCCAUCACUGCGGUGCCCCUCCCUCAUCUACCCAGAGAGUCUACAAGAGAGCAAAGAGUUAGCGCACCGACAUAUGUACCUUCUGUGGAGGUUUAUGAUGAGCGGGUUGGCCCUAUCCAGAUUGCGUCGCAGGCACGAGACAAGCACGGUGACAAAUACAGAGACAGGGAACGGGAGCAUGAUAAAGAGCUGGACCGGGAAAGUUACAGGUUUCCUGAGAGGAGCCUGACAGAACAUCCUCGACUUUCCCAGUCUGGCGACUCAGGCAAUCAUCGGGAGGAGGGUUCUGUAAUUUGUUCCAACGGUUCCAAUGGAAAACGAGGCCAGGACUCUUCUCACUCUACUAAUCAAUCAAGGUUUAGCCCAGAGGCACGGGACAUGUCCAAAUACUCAAGUCGUCUGGGCUUAGAGCAGACUGGCACGGACAGGAAUUGGAAUUCCAUUAGUCCACUGACUAACUAUGCUACCAAUCACAUGGCGGCCCUCGCUGCCCAACACGGACGCACGCUGUCUUCUCCACACAGUCAGCAAUCGCACACACAAAUUUCCCAUUCCCCUCACACAACCAACCGGCCAACCACUAACUCAAACUCACACAGGCAUUCCCCGCAAACAGAGCGUGGACAGAGCCGUACGGGUGAGGAAGGGAGUCAGAGAAUCUACCUGGACCCUUCAGCCCUUUACCGACCAGGAGUCUCUGUUGGGGCGGAAAGACCUGCUGGCCCCUCGGAGGUGUCAGCCAUGCAGAGUCUCAUCAAAUACAGUGGGAAUUUUGCUUCUGAAGGGCCUUCCUCCUCUGGGCUCGCGGCAGACACCCGAGGGCCCUUCGGGGGUUUGGCGAGUAUUGGGCUGGCAGCUGAUCGAGAGCGGGAAAGAGACAGGGAGAGGUCAGUCAUCGGCUCAAAUGCUUCUGGUUCCUUACGUGUGCCACCUCAGCUGAAAAGAGAGCAGGAUCGGCCCGACAGCGCCCGCUCCUUUGGUCGAGAGAUUGAGGGAGAAGUGCGCCACCCGCCAGUUGGCAUUGCUGUUGCUGUGGCCAGGCAAAGAGAAAGCACCAGCAGUAAACAGGCCCCUGGAUCUUCAGACCCCCAGAGAUCUCUUCUACCGACAGCUAUUAAAGAUGAAGAACGAGGAGAAGAGCGUGCGCGUCAUCAUGACGACAGACUGCUCGCAGGCCGAUUGGAACGUAAUGACAAAAUGCUCAGAGACCCCAAAGAACUACCCGACUUCACCCAGUUGCAUCCGCCACUGCUUUCUAGUAGCUUGACACCUAAUAUGAUGACAACCAGCCUCAUGACCCCCAACCUUAUGGUGACGGGUGGAGCAGGGCGGUGGCAUCCCGACCCAUCAACACUGACCUCUAACCCCUGGCUGCCUCGGCCUGGAGCCCCUCCAGUCUGGCUCUCCAGCUCACCAUACAAUUUGAGCUCUUCCUCCCUUCACCAGACGCUUCCCCCAGGCUAUCCACCAUCCCUACCAGGCUCCAUACCUCCUCCCUUCCAGUUUGUCAGAGAUUCACAGACUGGAAAGCUUAUAGUGAUCCCGACAGAACACCUGCCACAUUAUGGUGGAGACGUAUUGGAGCGCGGGACCCCUGUGUGGCCUGGGGUAUAUGGUGCGGGCACUUCCCUUCAGCAUGCAGCCCAGCUCCAACUCCUCUCCCAGCAGCAGAUGCUCCGACAACAGGAGCUGCUCAUGAUCCAGCAGCAUACGGCGCAGGUUUUGGAGCUGCAGAGAAAUGCACAGCUUGUUGAGCAUUUAAAGGCCACUGAGCAUCGGCCAAACACUGAUGACAAAGCAGAAAAGCAGAAUGCUGAACCCAAGGCGCGACAAUCCUCCACAUCUUCCCCAUCUCCCUCACCCGUCCUCCAACCCCGCAAGCCACCCCCUUUGUCUCGCUCGCCGACACCCUCAACGUCUUCCCUUACCCCGCUACCGCUGCUGUCCUCACCAGUGACCCAUCUGAAGUCAGAGGAAGGGAGGCAGAGAGUAUUGUCUCACCCUCCCACACCCCUGCCACGCACUUCCUCCCCAUGUUCAGCCUCACCACCUCCAUCCUCACCGCGGCUGCCGAAACACGAGUCUGCUGACAACGCGCAAGCGGAUAGGGGAGAGCGGAGAGAUGGACAUAAGACUGCUUUUCAAGACAUCUACUCAGAGCUCUCACCCGGUUACCCUUACCAGUCGAUCACUACUCCUUUUGGUCAGACCGUCCCAUCUUAUCAUAUCCCAGGAAACACAGAAGCGCUUCCACGGCGCCACUCCCACACUUUGGACUUGAGUGCCUCCUUGCCCUCAACCCACCUCCAUUCAAGGCUGCUGGAUGCUGAUAUCAAACCACAAAAACUGACAACAGAGAAUGAGUCAUUCCUGAAACAGGAACCGACCGUAGAAAAACAUCAAUCGGACUUGAUGCCAGAACCACUAAUUCCGCUAUUGCGUAGCUGCAGUCCCGUCGGAGCUCGACAGAAUAGACGGGAUGAAGGGGCUCCGUUGAAACUUCAGUCGAUUCCUCAGGUUCCUAGUCCUUCCCCGCAGCAGAGUCAGAUUGUUGAUGAUGUCAGAUUAGAUGACAAGGAUGGACAAAUCAAAACAGAGGUGCAAUCAUAUCAGUGUCAAGAAGCUUAUUCUUCUCCACGCAAUGGAGCUGAGCCUGAAGCAGUUGUUUACAAGGAUCCAGAGCGAAUGCAAUACCCGUUGAACCUCACAGCAGAUCUGGACAGCCAGGAAUCUACUAAGCAAGCUGUAAUUGAAUCCCAACAGCGGACUACACCAAAGCAACGCACUCCAAGUCAGAAGGAAGACAGGCCUAAAAUUGCAGACACCUCGGAGUCACCGCUCCCUCUGAUCCUCGGUCCUGAAGAUCCAAUGUCGGGGAUGCUCGCUCUGCUCAAAGCCAGCGAGAUGUCUCAGCCGUAUCCUCUUAGUCAGACCACGUCAACGCUCAUCCAGUCGAAUCAAAUUUCUGUAGACUGCGGCAACGCUGGUCCGCUAGAGAUUGUGGCACUGGAGGGCAUGGCUUUGCUCAGUCAAAUGGCCCAGCAAGAGAUGGAGAAUAUCAGCACAGAGCAGGAUUUGCCAAAACAAGGUUUUGACUAUCUUCUUGAGGCAAGCAGACAGAUUCUUCUGGAGGCCAUAGAGAAACAGUCCUACAUUGAUCUGCCCCGAACACUCGAUCCCAACAGGAAGUACAGCUGGAGGCAGAGGAAGGAGGAGCCGCUCUUUAGCAAAAUGUCCAUGGAUGUGUUGGAUGCGGUGGAGGUGGAAUACCGCAUUCGCUUGGCUGAGCUACAGAAAACAUACAAGGAAAAGCAGCGAGAGAUGAGCAAGCUGCAAAGACGCAGAGACAAGCAUGAGCGGCUUCAGGACGAUGACAGACGGACACUAACCAGGCGGGGCAGAGGCCGACCCAGGAAGAGAAAACACUUGGCCACGCCUCCCAAACUGGACGGCAGGCCUGCAAAGGUGGGAAGGACAGUGCAAUACUCUGGGGAUUCUGAAACGGGGGAAGGACACAGAAAAAAGUUUCGGCUGUCCAGAGAAGACGAGGAGACAGAGUUGGGAAAUUUAGGCGUGAAAAUAAAAAAGAAGAAGAUAUACAAAGGCUGGAAAGACCAGGAUGCAUCUUGCAGUCAUGUUCCGGAGGGGCUGAAGGUGAAACGUGGCCACUUGUGUGAGCAGGAGCAGCUCGCGUCCGACCUUGAUAGAGCGCUUUCGCUCUCGCGGCUUGACUCCAUGGGCGCAUCCUGUAAACUUGCUUCUGGCUCGAAAGGAGAUCGGCCAAGGGGCAAGUCCACGGACAGCCAACCGAAGGAGCGAACCCUCCACUUGACGUCUAAAGGCAAAUACAAGGUCUCUACGAAGGCUUCGGAGGCCACACGGAAGGUGAAAGGUCAGAAGAAAAGCGCUUUUUGCUCCCCAAUGAGAUCAGAGCUCAGCAGCUGCUCUAAUAACUCUGAUUCUGAGGGUCACAAUUCUGCAAGAGGGGGCUGGCCCUCUCUCACUGGGACACGGCCACUCGGCAACCUGACGCGCAAGAGACACGCCGCAUUGUCGCCGACCUCCAUGCUGUCCAAUGCUAAGUCGCAGAAGAAAAAGAAGAAGAAAAAACAUAAGAAACACAAGCACUUAUCCCUGCUGCUGGAAGAAGCAGACCUGAGCUCCUCUGACGACUCCUUCGAUCAAGAAUCUUCGGAGGAUGAUUACGAAGACGACUACAAUGAGGAGUCCGAUUCGGAAGACGAGGAGAGCGGCCUUGGUCUGUUGGCCAGGUUCGCAGCGAGCGCUCUCCCCGUCAGUUCUGUCCCUUUGAGCCUUCUUCCUGAUGGCAAACAUCAUAGCCGGCCAAGCACUUUGGGUUCAUCAGAGUGCGAGUGGUCUGACUCUGGUUCCGACUUGCGAUUGAGGAAGUUCCCGUCUUUGCUGCAUGGCAAACGCUCCGCUCCGGAACUCCCCCUGCUGCCCCCGGCGAGCCGUCGCAUCGAGCAGGGCAGCCCGAGCAAGCGUGACGAAACGCAGCCCGUCAAACGCAAGCCUCUACCUAUUAAACAGCGAGCCUCGCAGCGGCGGUUCAGCUUCGAUCUGGCAACCGCUUCCGGCUUGGGUGGCUUCAGCGAGGACGAAGCCUGGAACCGCCGACGCAGCGAGAGGAUCUUCCUCCACGAUGCCAACCAGCCAGUCAAUCACUCAUCCUUGUCCAACACCAGCCAGAGCUCCUCCUUUAGCUCAACCACUAAGCCCGUCUCCAGACCAAAACAGUCUCCUCCCAACCGAGAGGGCAAAGAUGCAGUGAAAAAAAAGAAGACAAAGGAGUCCUCUUCUAUGCCUGUGAGCCCAUCCUCUCUGGCUAGUCCAAUAAGGGACGGCACCACGGCUCUAAGCCUGAGCCCGGCGCGGAAGAGCCAAUCGAAAACCAAGACCAAGGCCCGGGAGCAGUCCAGGGGAGCAGUGAGCCGCCUGAUGGAGAGCAUGGCUGCCGACGAAGACUUUGAGCCCAAUCAGGACAGCAGCUUCAGUGAAGACGAGCUCCUCCCACCGCGCAGCAAUAGCGUGCCCGAGAGGUCCUCCACACCAGCUCCAGUGCAGUGUGUGUUGGACAAAGACUCUUUGGCCGACGGGCUUCGUGUUUUGAUCCCGAUGGAUGACCAACUUCUAUAUGCAGGACAUGUUAACACCGUGCACUCACCUGAUAUAUACAGUGUGGUUGUGGAGGGCGAGAGAGGAAACCGGCCGCACAUCUACUGCUUGGAGCAACUGCUGCAGGAGGCUAUCAUUGAUGUGAAGCCUCCGUCGGUGCGCUAUCUCCCCGAGGGCACCCGCAUCGCUGCUUACUGGAGUCAGCAGUACCGCUGCCUUUAUCCUGGCACAGUUGUCAACGGAAGUUCAGACAUCGACGAGAACGACGAUCUCAUCACUGUGGAGUUUGACGAUGGCGACACAGGACGCAUCCCCCUCUCUCACAUCCGACUUCUGCCUCCAGACUACAAGAUCCAUUGCGCUGAACCUUCCCCGGCACUUCUGGUGGCCAGUUGCUCGCGCAGGAGGGUGCGCAAAUGCAGCAAAGAGGGCAAAGAGGCCAAGACUGAUGAAAAUUCACCAAAGGUCAAGGGGAAACCUGGUCGCAAGCCCAAACCCAAACCAGAGAGCUCCUUAAACUCUGACUGCAACGAGAAAACAGAGUCUCAAUCAUCUGUCCAACCUGCAGACAAAGCCCAGGAUUUGAGCAAAGGAGCACAGGAGAGGGCAUCGUCAGUCCAGAAAGCAGCUCAGGAGAAGCCUCGGCCUGCCUCGAGGCCCGCGGUGGGAGCACAAUUAAAACCAGGCCAAAAGAGCGCCAUGGCAUCCCCUUCAAGUAGUCCUACCUCGGUUGGACCCAGAAAGAUCAGCUUGUCUUGUGGUGCUAAAGCUAAACCUAAAGCUAAGCAGUCUUCUUCACUCUAUCCUUCCACGUAUGGAAAGGUGCUGACUGUGGACCUGUACAGCGAGCCCAAUCUGACCUCGUAUAACGGACAGAGUAAAGAAAGAGAGACCAGCAGUAAUGUCACCUCCAACAGGGCUAUGUCCAGACCCAGCAUGUCAACAUUAGCAAGUGCAGUGAAACCUAUUUUAUCCUCAAAUCCCAGGUCUGCUUCCAAUCCUGUAUCCAAAAACAAACCCUCCUCUGAUCACCACGGCAGCUCCAGGCCCAUUGGGUCUGUUCUCCUUCCAAGCCCAGGACCGAGGCUGUCAGCAGGCAAAUCCGGCUCCUCCUUGACGCCAAGGUCAUCAUCAACAACGCUCCCUGGACCCAAACUGAAGAUGUCAUCUGAGCAGUUAGCAUCCAGGACUAACUCAAUCUCGAGGCUGAAGCCCACUUCCAGACAGGGGGACCCAGGAGCGGUGAUGAAGCGGAAGCCUAUGCCGGCCGAACCUCUUGUGAAGCUCGAUCACGAGGGCGUGACCUCGCCCAAAACUAAAAAGACCAAAGCGCUGAUGUUGCUAGAGGGCCAGAGUGUCAGACGGGAGCCUACCCCCGUGAACACAGCCGACCAGAAGCUGCUCAAAUCCAAACCGAGAGCUCCAAAGUGCGAUUCCGGCCUGCGGGAGAAGGAGUCAGCCUACGCCGCGCAAGUGCUCGCUAAAGAGAGAGGCGAGAGCCGCGGUAGAGGACAGGAAACAGAUGCCAGGGACGAGAAAGGCGUGAAGGAAGAGCAAAUUGAGGAAGACAGACGGCGGGAGAUGAAGAUGAAGGAAGAGUCUCAAAGUAGCAGCAGCAGCAGCUCCGAAUCAGAAGAAGAAAGUGGGAAAGGCAGUGUGAAGCAAAAGAAGAAAUGCACCUCAAGCUGCUCUUCCUCUUCAUCUUCCUGCUCCGGCUCAUCCUCAUCUUCAUCAUCAUCAUCGUCUUCCUCCUCAUCAUCCUCGUCGACCGAUGACUCUUCCUGCAGCUCAGACGAAGAGAGGACCCCCACCCCUCCUCCGGGCCCGCCCUCUCCUGUGCCAUUAGCACAGGACCAAACGAAAGAAGAGCAGCAAAUGGUAGAGGAGGACAUUAAAGUUAAAGAAGAGGUGGAUGUCAAAGUGGAGGAAGAGGAGGAGGAGUCUCCUCGCUCCCGUUCCCCAUCGACCUCGCCGACACCCUCCGUUCCAGUGAAAGCAGCUAAACCGGCCACCGGCAAGGGUUCCGGACAAAGGGGCCGUCCUCCGAAACCGAAGCCCAACGGAGGAGAGGGAAAAGUGGGCAGGCCAAAGCGGAGAGAGGGGGUCCACCUCCCGACCACCAAGGAGUUGGCCAAACGCCAACGCCUUCCUAGUGUGGAAAACAGACCUAAAAUCUCGGCGUUCCUUCCAGCCAGACAGCUGUGGAAAUGGUUUGGGAAACCCACUCAGAGACGAGGGAUGAAGGGCAAAGCCAAAAAGCUGUUCUACAAGGCCAUCGUGCGAGGCCGAGAAAUGAUCCGCAUCGGCGACUGCGCCGUUUUUCUUUCCGCCGGAAGGCCCAACCUCCCCUUCAUCGGUCGCAUCCAGAGCAUGUGGGAGUCAUGGGGCAGCAACAUGGUGGUCAGGGUCAACUGGUUUUACCAUCCGGAGGAAACCAACCCCGGCAAGAAACUUACUGACAAGAAGAACUGGGAACAAAUUUGCGGGCAAUCUUUACCAGCAGCUCUGCAUUCUUCUAUACAACGCAAGGACUUUAUGGAGCGCGCCCUCUACCAGUCGUCUCACAGCGAUGAGAACGACGUUCAAACAGUCAGUCAUAAAUGUCUGGUGGUUGGAGUGGAGGAGUACCAACAGAUGACACACACACGUCGUUACGCCGAGAGCGAGGACCUCUACUACCUGGCCGGCACCUACGAGCCCACCACGGGCAUGAUCUUCAAUACGGACGGGGUCCCGGUCAUCUGCUAA